AUGGCAGCACCUAACCCCACCACCACUACUAUUCCAACGCGGCCUACGCUGCGACAAACCUUCUCAGGAAAUUCUUUCAUUCACGAUCAUCAACAAUACAAGCCUCUAGUUCCUAUCAAUCAGAACAUCGGCGACGUACUUGGUAGUUCAGCUGAAUCCCGGGGUCCUCUUUCUUUCAACCCAAAUCCCAUCAGUCCAGAUCCCGAAAAAGUCACCGACAGCGGCAUCAUCCACAGCAUGUUCAACCACCAAACAAACCCCCUUGCUACCGGGACUACGCAAUUGGUCGCGACCAUAUACUAUAAAUCCUCUGAUCCUAUCCACCCGCAUCUCCAUCCCGAUUCCUCUUCAAAUGCUGGCCCAGGAAACAAGCUUCCGUCCCCUACGGUUCCCGUGGGCUCCGCCCCGACGGUUGACAUGGAGAAAAUCCCACGGGAGCCUCCUGCCCCGGAGCCAGAGCCGCUGGACCAUCUUUACGGACCCUAUGUGUCCCAGAUGUGCCUGACCAACUUCCUUCAGGUUAUCGAAUCCCUUCCAACACCUUAUCAGCGCAUGAACACUUCUCACCGCUGCCUCGACCGGGAUGACCAGCCUCGUGUCGUUGAAGUCACGUUCUCACCACCCCCCAACCCGGAAUAUCUUACCUUCACCGACCUGCGCAAACAUGAGAGCAUCUGGCGAUUCGAGCGUGAGUGGAAUGUGGAGGUUGUGCUCCAGAAGGAGAGUGUGUUCCGCCGACACAAGCGACUGGCUGUAUUCGACAUGGACAGCACUUUGAUUAAGAACGAGGUCAUUGAUGAGAUUGCCAAAUUUAUUGGCGUGGAGAAGGAGGUUUCUGAAAUUACCGCUCGUGCUAUGAACGGCGAGCUUGAUUUCUCUGACUCGCUCAGGGAGCGUGUCGGCUUGCUCAAGGGCGUUCCCGCAGAUGUCUUCGAGAAACUGAAGUCAGUCAUUACUAUUGCCCCUGGCGCACGCGAAUUGUGCAAAGCCCUGAAGUGUCUUGGCUUUAAGCUUGCCGUUUUGAGUGGAGGUUUCCAGCCUCUUGCAGAGUGGCUAGCUGGUGAGCUUGGACUGGAUUAUGCCUUUGCCAAUCAUCUGGAGGUCGACACUGCAUCUCAAACGCUGACAGGGAAGCUUGUCCCCUCGAAGCCCAUUAUUGACGCAAGCCAGAAGCGCACACUUCUUCGAUCCCUUGCCGCCGAAAAUUCCAUCCCGAUUUCUCAGACGAUGUCCGUUGGUGACGGUGCCAAUGAUCUCCUCAUGCUCCACGCCGCUGGCCUUGGAGUUGCCUGGCGCGCGAAGAGCAAGGUGCAACUCGAGGCACCCACACGUCUCAAUGGCGAAAGUCUUGUUGACGUUCUUCACCUUCUCGGCCUCUCCAACCAAGAUAUUAAGGAGUUGGCUGCCGACGUAGCAUGA